UCUCUUACAGAAGAGCAACACAAGUUCAGAUAACUUGAUCAGUUGUUUAAUAAAUCAUCAACACCAUGGAAAUGGAUAGAGGAGCAUUGAAGCCUUAUAUUGUUGUGAUACUUGUACAACUUCUGUAUUCAGGGAUGCAUAUCAUCUCAAAAUCAGCUUUGGAAUUCGGCUUGAGCCCAUUUGUUUUCGUAUUCUACCGGCAAGCCUUUGGUGCCAUCGUCUUACUUCCGUUCGCCUUUGUUGUUAUUCGGAGAGGAAGUCCCCAACUGUCAUUCAUGUUACUGUUGAAGAUAUUCAUCCAUGCAUUAAUAGGGAUUACAUUGAGCUUAAAUAUUUAUAACGUGGCAUUAAAGUACACUUCAGCAACAGUGGCAUCAGCUUUUAACAACUCCAUCCCAGUAUUCACUUUCUUUUUGGCAGUUAUGAUGAGAAUGGAGGUUUUCAAAUUGAAGAGCAUAUCAGGCCUAAUGAAGAUGAUCGGAAUAACAUUUUGUGUGGCUGGAAUAAUUAUAAUCGCCUUCUACACUGGCGCUCCAUUGAUGAGAUCCAUGAAACACCACCCUGUCAGUAACCAUCAGCCUAAACAUUCUCCCAGUACAUGGAUCAAAGGUUCUUUCUUGAUGAUAACUGCCAACAUUUUUUGGUCCCUUUGGCUAACCUCACAGGGACAACUACUGAAAGAGUACCCAUCCAAGCUCCUCUUCACAACAUUACAAACCAUAUUCAGUAUGAUUCAAUCAUUCUUAGUUUGUUUGGUAGUUGAAAGAAACUUUGCAAAAUGGGAGUUACACAUGGACAUGGGGUUACUUGCAGUUGCAUACAGUGGAAUUGUCAUCACUGGUUUAACGUUCUACUUGCAAUCAUGGAGCGUUGAAAAGAAAGGUCCUGUGUUUCUAGCCAUGUCUACACCUUUGGCUUUUGUCUUCACCCUCAUAGGCUCAUUCUUUUUCUUUAGCAAAGCAACUACUCUAGGAAGUGUUUUGGGUGGAGCGUUUAUGGUUGGAGGUCUCUACUUUGUUCUAUGGGGAAAGAGCAUGGAGAAUACUACAAAGAUUGUACAACCAUGUAUAGAGGAGGGGAUAGUGCCCAAUGAAGUGAAAGAAAUGGCAUCUUCAUGUCCCAAAGUUUGACUAGCUUCUUAAAUCAAUGAAGGAUCCACAUGACCUCAUUAUAUAGUAGUAUUUGUUUAGAUAUAUUAAUAUAUAUAUAUAUAUAUUCAAGUGUGGAGAAGAGAAGAUGUUCUUAUUUUUAUCUUAAUUAAAAAUGAAUAAAAGUUAUCACUGGUCCUUUUACUUUGA